AUGAUCUGGACAUCAGCUCACUCGCUCGCUGCCGUAGCAUUGGGCCUAUCCAAUCUAGUCAACGGUCUACCAAGUAGCCAGUCAAAGAAGACGCACUACCCCGGCUGGGCAGGGAUCAAGCAUAUUUUUGCAUUCGGUGACUCGUACACGACCACCGGGUUCAACAUCUCUCUCACGCAGCCAGGGCCUGGCAAUCCCCUCGGCAAUCCGACUUAUCCUGGCUACACGUCUUCCAACGGACCCAACUGGGUCGACUACCUCACAACUACAUACAACAAAUCUUUCAUCGAGACAGUCAAUUUGGCAUACGGUGGCGCAACCGUCGAUUCCGCUCUCGUGGCACCCUAUCUACCAACUGUACUAUCCGUAAAACAACAAGUCCAAAACGAGUACCUACCAACAUACGCCUCGCACUCCUCUCCCGUCCCCUGGACCUCAGACGACACUCUAUUCACAAUCUUCAUCGGCAUCAACGACAUUGGCAACAGCUACGCUUCGCAAAACGCAACUCUGAUCCCUACAAUCUUCAACGAGCUUUCUGGUUUGGUAGAUCGACUCUACACCAGCGGCGCCCGCAACUUCCUCUUCUUGAACGUACCUCCAGUCGAUCAAUCGCCCUUGACUCGAUCAGCCGGCUCCUCAGCCCAAUCCCUCGAAGCAAGCGCAAUAGCAGAUUGGAACAAUCGCCUCGCUUCCCUCUCUACCUCACUUCUCAAAAACCACAAGGAUGCCACAUCCUAUGUCUUCGACACCCACAAAGUGUUUUCGCGCGUUAUUGAUGAGCAUCCAUGCGCUUACCCCCAAACUUGUCCGUACAAGAACACGACAGAGUUUUGCACGGAAUAUCAGAAUGGAACGCCCUCGCCAACUUCCUUUGAUCCUGCGUGUGGGAUCCCAGUGGAUGAGUAUCUGUGGUUGAAUAGUCUGCAUCCGACGUUCAGAAUGCAUGAGGCCAUUGCUGCACAGAUUGUCAAGUUGAUCAAGUAG